UACGUAUUUUUCUAACAUGAUGGCUGCGGAGGUCAGCAGCGAGGAUACGGGUUCGGUCACAACAGGGACAGGGGUGGCAGGCGAAGGAGGAGGCCCGGAUACGGCCCCCUUUCCCUACUAUCCUAAGCCGAGCAGAGUGCGAGUCACUGAUCUGGGACAAGGGCCGACCCAAACCCUCCGUCAGCAUUCAAACACUUAUCCGGACUCGCUUCCCGACUCAAGUGUCUAUCCGGUGCCUAUCGGGGAACUAACGGGUUCAGUGUUGUCCGUUGCUGGGAGUGGUGGACAGGCAGUUUUCCAAGGAACCAACUCGGAGACAGGUGGCGGCAUGUGCAACUCUCCCUCCUCGGAGAGUCCAACCAGUCGGAGUUCACCCACAUCUACAGGCCCGGAUGGCUCAACGGGCUUCCCACCUCUGCCACCUGCGCCCCCCAUGGAUGAAGGCGACCUGCCGGAUUGGGGGGAUGAGGAAGAUUUGGUUUUUCCUCUCUCUGCACCUCCCACGAACCAGUGGUACCAUGGCAAACUUGACCGAACCAUUGCAGAGGAGCGUUUACGCCAGGCCCGGACCCCUGGCAGUUACCUCAUUAGGGAGAGUGACCGUCGGCCCGGUUCAUUUGUCCUGUCUUUCCUCAGUAUGACCAAUGUGGUCAACCAUUUUAGGAUAAUUGCCAUGUGUGGGGACUAUUACAUUGGCGGUCGACGAUUCUGUUCUUUAUCGGACCUGAUUGGUUACUACAGCUAUGUCUCUUGCCUAUUAAAAGGAGAGAAACUCCUAUCACCGGUGGCACCCCCAGAGCCUGUAGAAGACAGGAGAAGAGUCAGGGCCAUACUUCCAUACACCAAAGUGCCAGAUACUGAUGAGAUCAGCUUUCUAAAAGGGGACAUGUUUAUUGUUCACAAUGACCUGGAGGAUGGCUGGAUGUGGGUAGCCAAUGUUCGCACAGGAGAGCAAGGGCUCAUUGUGGAGGAUCUGGUGGAGGAGGUGGGCCGAGAGGAGGAUCCACACGAGGGAAAAGUCUGGUAUCAUGGAAAGAUCACCAAGCCAGAGGCCUACACCCUUCUUAUGUCAGUUGGCCAGGUUUGCAGCUUCUUGGUCCGACCAUCAGACAAUACACCCGGCGACUACUCCCUCUUCUUUCGCACUAGUGAAAACAUCCAAAGGUUCAAAAUCUCCCCAACUCCUAACAAUCAGUACAUGAUGGGAGGGAGGUACUACAACAGUCUUGACGAUAUCAUUGAUCAUUACAAGAAAGAACAGAUUGUUGAGGGCUACAACCUGAAAGAGCCAGUUUCAGUACAGCACCAGGAGCAAGUGUUAACUGACAUAACGGAUGGGAGAGAAAUUUAUAACACUAUAAGACGGAGACCAAAAGAUGCUUUCUACAAAAACAUAGUUAAAAAAGGCUAUCUUCUCUUCAGCAAAGGAAAAGGAAAACGGUGGAAGAACCUGUACUUCAUCCUGGAAGGCAAUGAUGCCCAGCUCAUCUAUUUUGAAAGCGAGAAGAGAGCUACCAAACCCAAAGGGCUGAUAGACCUGAGUGUGUGCUCCGUUUAUGGUGUACACGACAGUCUGUUUGGCAGGCCAAACUGUUUCCAGAUUGUUGUCCAGCACUUUAGUGAGGAACAGUACAUAUUCUACUUUGCUGGAGAGGUCCCAGAGCAGGCGCAGGAUUGGAUGAAAUGCCUUCAGACGUUCUGUAGUAACCUAAGAAAAACCACUGUACCAACUUCCAACAAAAGGCUUCGACAGGUGAGCAGCCUGGUGCUGUAUGUGGAGGAGGCCCACAAACUGCCGGUGAAGUAUUUUACCAACCCCUACUGCAACAUCUACCUGAACAGUGUCCAGGUUGCUAAGACGUACCCGAGAGAAGGGCAAAAUCCUGUCUUCACUGAGGAGUUCAUCUUUGAUGAUCUGUCCAGUGAAGUAAACAGAUUUGAAAUCAGUCUAAGCAACAAAACAAAAAAGAGCAAAGAAAGCGAUAUCUUGUUCAUGCGCUGCCAGCUAGGACGGUUGCAGAAGGGACAGAUGAUUGAUGAGUGGUUUCCUCUGAGCUCCCACGUUCCUCUGAAGGGCAUUGAGCCGGGCUCCUUGAGGGUACGCCACCGCUACUCCAUGGAGAAGAUCAUGCCUGAGGAAGAGUACAGUGAAUUCAAAGAGAUGAUCUUGCAGAAAGAUUUCCAUGCAAUCUACGCUUUGGCCAGUGUUUGUGGUCAGGACCGCACAUUACUGGCAAGCCUCCUCUUGCGGAUCUUCAGACACGAGAAAGCUGAAGCACCUCUACUUAGGACGCUCAAUGACAGAGAAAUUAACAUGGAGGACGAGGCAACAACGUUGUUCAGAGCAACUACACUGGCCAGCACGCUCAUGGAGCAGUACAUGAAGGCUACAGCCACACCCUUCGUCCAUUAUGCGCUAAAAGACACCAUCCUCAAAAUCAUGGAAAGCAAACAGUCUUGUGAGCUAAAUCCUUCCAAACUGGAAAAGAAUGAGGACGUUAGUAUGAACCUAACUCAUCUUCUCAACAUAUUGUCCGAGCUGGUGGAGAAGAUCUUCAUGGCUGCGGACAUCCUACCACCGACAUUAAGGUUCAUCUAUGGCUGCCUGCAGAAGUCUGUUCAGCAGAAGUUCCCCAGCAACCAAACCAUGCGGACAAGGGUUGUGAGUGGCUUUGUCUUUCUAAGGCUGAUCUGCCCUGCCAUUCUCAACCCCAGAAUGUUCAACAUCAUUGCCGAUGCCCCAUCUCCAACAGCAGCCAGGACACUCACACUAGUGGCCAAGUCUGUCCAAAAUCUGGCCAACCUGGUUGAAUUUGGUGCUAAGGAACCCUACAUGGAGGGUGUUAACCCCUUUAUUAAAAACAACAAGCAUCGGAUGAUUAUGUUUCUGGAUGAGUUAGGCAACGUCCCUGAUUGCCCUGAACAGCCAGAGCCCUUUAGGACAGACCUGUCGCGGGACCUGGCUGCACUGCACGAGGUCUGUGCCACACACUCGAAUGAGCUUCGCACUCUGAGCAAUGAAAGGGGUGCACAGCAGCACGUAUUGAAAAAGCUGUUGGCGAUCACAGAGCUCCUCCAGCAGAAGCAAGCUCAGUAUGCCAUGUCCAACAGCAACAGGACAGAGUGCACCAUCAUGUCACUGGCUGCUGCCAUCCAGGUAAUGUGAGUUUUAUGGAUUUCCACCUGUGAAUCCUGUGAUCAGAUCACACGGCCAAAGUGACGCCUCGUUCCACGAGUUGCGAAACUGAAGACUCUAAGCGAGUUUGUGCUUUUGCUAUGAGCAUGUGGAAGUACAAAUGCAACGUGACUGUUCUCCUUGGAAAAUCCUUGCUGCAUAUCUGAAUAUCGCCUCUCCAAAGUCCUUGUUUGAAUCCAAAAUCUGUCACAAACUUUGACAGAGACGUAGCGGUGUGGAUUCUGGUGCACACUCAGACUGCACUGCAGAAAUCUGACCUUUUUAUCCUGGUGUUUAUAUCACUUCCUCACAAGUCUUGAGCAGUUUUAGGAAGGAAGCAGACUUAACAGGCUUCCUGUUUGGCUACUCCUACGUGGACAAACCGUGGGGAACGUGCUAUUGAAGGGGGAGAAAAUCCAAAGCACCGAAGUAGCGAUUUUUGCUCUCAUCAGGGAAUUUUAAACAUCGCACCUCUUUCCAAGACGACAAGCCUUAAUUCCCUUUCUACUCACCAUCCUUCCACCUGAUUUUUCUAAGCUACCAAACCAUUGUAACUUACACUGUAUUUGUUUUCCUUGCAGCACGUACACAACCUGUUUUUAUUUUUUUAAUAUGCUGCUUUUGUAUAUUUCGUACUUAGGCUUAUAAGGAAAUACUGUGUUGUGCACGAUAUAACAGAACACUGCUGAGAGAUCUACGUGCUUGUAGAACAUACCUAGAACCUGUCCUGUGCAUGUGUUAACCCUGAAUGAAUCCUGCUACAGUGCGUGGGCCUACAUAUAUGCUGCUCUAACAAACCAUCACCUUUACUCCCUCAAUGCCUUUGGAUGAACACAAAAGCUUUUGAUACAGUGCAGUUUUUUUGUCACUUUGCCACCAUCAUAGGUGGCGUUUCCUCAGUACACCUUUGCUACGACUGUUUCUCAUACAGCUCUACUCUGACAAAGUCAUGCCAAACACAGAUUUAUCAACUUUAUAUAGUUGUAAAGGUCGGCCUUGAGCCGCUGCGGAGUCUGAAUCUGUGCCUGCCAUAGCUCGGACGUUUACCAAACAGUUUACUAUAGUUGCACUUAUGAAACUGCGGACCUCACCGAGUGUUAGCAAACCACUGGAGAAAGAUGAGUCACAACCACUAAGCCUAUAAGUCAGCAACUGUACUGGUGUUCGAUAUGCUUUAUGGUGUGAUUUAUAGGAGUAGCGGUUCGGCCUUCUCUGUAUUUCAUACAGCUGAUGAUGUGUUUCUUUUUAUUUUUCUACCUGAGACUGAACCUUCAACCUUUUGCAUCUUAGAUACAACAACCUGAGUGAAAUAAAACUGUUGCUACAUA